AUGAGGCUGAUGGGGAGGCAGCUAAUAUUGAAGGUUUUACUGGGUUCAGCUUUCAUGGGGCUGUUGAUGUUGCUGGUAAAUCAACAGCAAAGUCCCUGCAUACCUUCACUGGAUCUGUGGCCCUCAUCCCAGAAAGCUCCCACUGAAGACCCUCUGGGCCUCUCUUCAAGGAAGUUUGAGUGGCAGACUCGGACACCACACCCCUUGGACCUGAGGUACCCUUAUCCCUACCCCUUCCUGAUCAACCAUCCUGACAAGUGUGAGGGUCCCAGAGGUGCCCCCUUCCUGCUCAUGCUGGUGAUGACUCGGCCCCAGGAUGUGGGGAUACGCCAGGCCAUCCAGCAAACAUGGGGCAAUGAGACCUUGGUUCCUGAUGUGGUCAUUCGCCGCCUCUUUGUUCUUGGCUUGUCCCUACCCCUCUUUGCUCAGGAACUUCAGGCCCUCCUGGAGGAGGAGGACAGGGAGCAUGGGGAUCUCCUCCAGGUGGGCUUCCUGGAUACAUACCACAACUUGACUCUCAAGGUCCUCAAGGGGCUGGAAUGGAUGGCCCAGUACUGUCCCACUGCUCACUAUGUGUUCAAGGUGGAUAGCGAUGUCUUCCUAAACCCCAGCUACCUAGUAAAGCAAGUGUUGCAGCCCAAUGGACCCCUAUGGCCCAACUUCAUCACAGGCCGCAUCUACAGAAAGUCAGUCCCCUUCCGGAUACGGGGUCACAAGUGGUACAUGCCUCCAGAGCUGUAUCCCCAGGACAGGUAUCCAGACUAUUGUGGGGGCCCUGGCUAUGUGAUGUCUGGCCCCCUGGCCCUCAGGAUCCUGACUGUAGCUCAGAGAAUCAAAGCCAUCUACUUGGAGGAUGUGUUUGUGGGGUUGUGCCUGAAACAGCUUGGAGUGAAGCCCACACCUCCUCCCCCCAACACCUUCCUGAUGUCCAGGAGGAAGUAUGACCAUUGUGCCUUCCACCGACUUGUCCUGGUUCACCGCAUCCAGCCCCAAGAGUUACUACAGAUAUGGCCAGACUUCCUGAGAGCUAACAUCACCUGCUAA